AUGUCACUGAGCGUCAGGAUGGCCAUGCAACAAAGGACGACUGUUGCUGGCCUCGCCAUUGGUGUCCUCGCCUUGAGCAACGCGUACCUCUCCUCCCGCUACUACAAGAGCGCAGCCUUUGAGCGGCCCUUUCACUUUUCCAUCACGGCCUUGCUCCUGUCCGGCCUUGCGCUCCACGCCUAUGCCAGAUACUUCCUGGGCUUCGUGUCCAAGGAACGCAGCCAAAUCUGGCCCAACGUCGCCACUAUAUCCAGCGAGCUCCCUGCCCUCGCCGGCAAGUUGAAGUUCUGGUUGCGGUUGAAACCCCCGUCCGCCACCUUUGCGCUCCUGCUCUUGGGCAUAGUCACCCGUACCGUACUUCAUUGGAGGAUCAUACGCACUGUCCACUGCUCCUGGGAUGGUCUCCAGGCAUUUCUUCCCCUACUCCUAGCGAUAUGCGACAACCUCGACUUGCGAUCCACAUAUCUCCCGAGACAGGCGCAAGAGACGGGCGCUCGAACGACUACCCCCAGGCACGCAAUCGUCGCGCUGGUAUGGGGCUUAGCAGCCACCGACACCCUCCUCCACGCCGGGCGCGACACGGGUGCUAUUUGCCCAGCAGGUUGGUGUGUUGAGCGCCUCGUACCUCUUGCGCAAUUGACCGCUCUGGCAUUCGACGCCUCGCUUAUGAGCCUGGUUGGGAGGCUCCGUCAGAGUAAUGAGGAUCAGUCCAGCACAUGUCAUUCCCUGGGCACAUUGUUCACAACAUCCGCGGGCGUGUUGGCCUUUAUAGCUGCUUGGUCGUCUGUUGACCGCAUCAAUUUACAAUGGAAUCUCUUCCUCACAGGGCUGGCGGUCAGGGAUCUGCUAUUCGAUAGCGUAGCUGUGGCUGUAGCGAUGCUAUCUGGAAUUCACCUGUUGGGCAGUUUCACUGCCCAUGUGGUCGGCCUACUUACCGUUGCAAUCAAUAUGUUUGUCUACAUCCAGUGGCGUAUCGCAGAUGGCACAAUGAUGGAGGUAUGGUCCAGCUGGUGGGGGUUUGCGACUGGUGCAGCUACUUUCCUCGGAUUUGGCGUACUCUUGUCUCUCAGUAGGCCUGCUCCUGCUGCUCACCCGCCCUCCCACCAGGACAGCCCCGCGUCAAGAAAUCGGUAUGUCUUUGGUGCCGGCGUGGUGUUCAUCCUGGUACUCUGCCAAACAGUGUUCACUGGCCGGCAGGGGAAGGCUACUCCCGAACUGCUCAUCGUGGACGCCAGGAGUGGUUCGGAUUCCUGGGUUGCUAGGGCGGCCAAAAGCACCACACUCACCACCGCCGUCGAGGAAUACCGAAAGAGAUACGGCGUGCCGCCGCCACCCAACUUUGACAAAUGGUACGAGUUUGCCACGUCCGUCGACUCCCCCAUUAUCGACACUUUCGACCAGAUCCACUCUGAUCUUCUACCCUACUGGGGCACACUCCCGUCGGUCCUCCGCGAGAGAACGAGUCAUAUACUUGAACAUCCGUCGCUGUCCAUUGGCGGUCUCGUCGUUGUCGACGGCAAGGUCGAGAUUUCGCCUCUUGUCCCAGGUACACACAGAUGGAUGCUGUCUUUCAUCCAAUCGAUGGUGGAGCCCUUUGCAGCUUGGCUUCCCAACAUGCAUCUCGCCUUCAACCUUGAUGACGAAUGUCGCAUUUCGGUGCCAUUUGAUCGGAUGAGGGCCUACACCGAAGAGGCGCUUGUGGUUAGGGCUCGACUUGGGGGGAAGAAGGACCUGCUCCCCUUUAGUAAGACACAAAACCCACCGUGGGCACAACAGUUCAUGGAUGCGGACGAGAAUAUAUGGGAGCAGAGAUCACCUUGGUUUAUACCAAUAUCGAAGAGUCCGAUCUUCUACGAGUGGAUAUCGUCAACAUGCCCCGCCGACUCAGCCGUCAACAACUACCACUGGUGGAACCGGAAGGCCGAGUGUAGGGGCUGUGCUUCGCCUCAUAUGACGGCCGGCUUCCUCUCCAACUGGACACUAGCUGGAGACCUUUGCCAUCAGCCAGACCUUGCAUACUUGCACGGUUUCUUGUCGGCGCCCUCUGCCAUGAACCCUUCCCACACCCUGUUUCCCGUCUUCAGCCAGAGCCGGGUACAAAACUUUGCUGAUAUCCUAUAUCCGAGUCCGUGGAACUUUGGCGACAAAGUUACCUACGAAGAGGAGAAGGAUGUUCCAUGGGCGCAGAAGCUCAAUAGUGUCUUCUGGCGUGGUGCCUCUUCUGAUGGCUUCGCCGCUCAUGGUGCAUGGCAAAUGUUCCUGCGAGCUAGGUUCGUGUAUAAAGCUAUGAAAACCAAUGCAUCUCUCCGAGCAGGCUCUUUACUGCGCCUCGUUUCGUCCCGCGGAGACCUCGCUUCUUUCAAUUCCGCCAAGUCAACGCUCAUCAGCGGUCAGACUGUCGUCAACGUCUCCUUUGUCGGUAACUUUGCUCGCUGCGAUGACCGCGACUGUACAGCCGAACACACGACAUUUUAUGGUUCACCCACCGCCGAGCCAGCGCCCCCUAUCGACUUCCAAGAUAGUUGGCGGCAUCGUCAUCUGGUCGAUCUCGACGGUGCUGCCUUCAGCGGUCGAUUUUUACCCUUCCUCAACUCGACCUCCCUACCUUACCGCGCAGCUCUGUUUCGCACCUGGUGGGAAGAGCGUGUCCAUGCUUGGCGGCACUACAUCCCGCUCGACGUGAGACUCGGCGAUCUGUGGACGGCCGUGGACUAUCUCGGCAGUGGACCGGGAUCAGCAGACGCAGAAGAGAUCGCCGAAGCCGGCCGCGCGUGGGCACAGAAAGCGAUGAGGAAAGAGGAUAUGCAGGUCUACAUGUUCAGGCUUUUGCUUGAGUGGGGACGAAUCGUCGACGACCGGAGGGAGGAUCUUGGAUUCGCCCUUUGA